AUGAGCGGCAUGGCCAGAAGGGCGGAAGCGGGAGCACGGAAAGUGCUGCUUAAGCGCCAAUGCAUCCAGGCGAGCGCCGCCAAGGACGGGAAGGUGGAGCAGCGGCGUCUCCGUCUCCGUGUGAGCUACACGUGCUGCGGACUCUGCCCGCGCCGCUGUCUUCCUCCGGCCGCGAAGCGCCUGAGCUGCGCUGCAGACCUUCCUCCAGCCUCUGCAGACUGCGGCUCCUGCGGCAGUGCCCGUGUGUGGCUCGUGCGCAGCGCCCUUCGCAAGGCGAGGGCUCCAAAGCAUCUCCAAACUUCCGCGAACGCAGGGGACACCGGGCACGUGUCGUUGGGGCGGUUGCGGCACCGGGGCCGAGGAUGCCGCAUCGGCUCGUAG